AUGAAUAAUUCUGCAUUUGGUGCAAACCCUUUUACUUCCGCGAAUGCCUCUACUGGUGGUGCCUUUGGGGCGCCGUCCUUUGGAUCUACCGGAUUUGGAUCAACGGGAGCUAGUAGCUCAACAGGUUCUGCAUUUGGGCAGCCUUCUUUUGGGACAGCAGGAAUAGGAAAUAAUACAACAAAUAAUGCAUUCGGAAAUUCUGCAUUUGGUGGUAGUACGACAAAUGCUUCGCCAUUUGCAUCACUUCAGAAUCAAUCACAACAAAAUCCUUUUAGUACCAAAACUGUGCAGCCGCAGGCUAGCACAUUCGGAUCGAGCAGUGCAUUUAGUAAUCGAGGAAGUGCAAAUAAUAUGAAUACUUCUUCUGCCUUUGGAAAACCUGCAUUUGGAACCAAUAUUAAUAACAGUACGGGCGCUAUGACCAAUCCUAGUUCUGCAUUCGGUAGACCUGCAUUUGGUACAACUCCAAGUGGUAAUACACCUUUUGGGUGCUCUGCAUUUUCUUCAAACAUAAAUUCUAACACCUCGUCUGGUUUUGGGAACCCUGUGCCACAGCAAGCUACCGUGACGUCUGCAUUCGGUAAUAUUCCAUCACAACAGGGGCCACGAACGUCUGCAUUUGGAUCAACAGGACCUGCAAUCUCAACUAUGUCAGGUUCAUCAACUUUUAACAAAACUGCAACUUCUGCAUUUGCCAAUACAAGCGCUUCACCCUUCACUAGUUUUCAAAAUAGUACAAAUCAGACAUCCACAUCUGUCUUUGGUGCAUCACCUUUCAAUAAUCCACAAAACAAUAUUGGGGGGUUCAGUACAGUUAAACCAGAUAAUGCAAUUAAUAGUUCUAGCGCCUUCGGAACCACGCAAAACAAUAAUGGAGUCGCUAGCAUACCAAACAAAAUAUUACCUUUUGCAAAUACACAGAAUGCUACUUCACCAUUUGGUAACAUUAAUAAUACUACAGGUAGUGCAUUCCCUCCAGCGGUUACCUCCACACAACAGCCCUUUAAUACAUCAUCAAGCGGUGCCUCGCCAUUUGGCACUACAACACAGAAGACAUUACCAACAGCACCGGCAGCAAGUAACAAUAUUUCAAUGAAUAACAUCAAAGAAGAAGAUGAAAAGGAUAUGGAAAAGAUUAUGAGUAAAGAAACUUUAGAACAAUUCAAAGCGAUGAAGUUUGAAAUUGGCAAAGUUCCGGAUAUGCCUCCACCAAAAUUGUUAAUUCUAUAA